GGUUGCCAAAUUGGAGUCACUACAAAACGAGUGACGGGUUUUAAAUCUAUCCAAAUUCAUUAGAACUAUUAGGAAUUAAUUUAACAAAUAAUAAUUAGAUCACAUUUAUUUUGUCUACAUAAAUAGUACAUUUUAUAGCACAAAUGUUGUCUUUUAUAGAUUAUAGCACAUUUUUGACGGAGAGGGGAUUUCGCUAAACAUGGCAACUACACGCGAACACUUUCAAUACAAGACGGAGGUAAAAAGCGGUAAAACAGCGGAGUCCGUUUGUUCAUCGUGACGCAGGAGGAGGAGAAAAACACCCAGGAGGACACAGAGAGAGAGAGAGAGAGAGAGAGAGAGAGAGAGAGAGAGAGAGAGAGAGAGAGAGAGAGACGAGUUCAUAUCCCGUGUUUUCGUUGUGUGCGCGCGCGGCUGAGGCAGUGAGUGAGAGGCUCGUGCGUGUGCGCGUGUGAAGCUCUGCACCAGUCUGAGGAAGCCGCUGGUGCUAAAGACGACCGGACGCUUAGACGAGCGCCCGUGUGAAUGGUGUCCCUUGCAGACGAACUGGUCAAGAUGGCGUCCACGGGCACACAGAUCUUUGGCUUUGUGCUGGCACUGCUGGGCAUCCUGGGUGUUACGGUGGCCACACUGCUGCCCAACUGGAAGGUGAGCGCAGACUCGGGCUCAAGCAUCAUCACGGUCAUCUCGCAGAUGCAGGGCCUGUGGAUGGACUGCACCUGGUACAGCACAGGGAUGUUCAGCUGCACACUCAAGUACUCUGUGCUGGCGUUGCCUGCAUACCUGCAGACGGCACGUACAACCAUGGUGCUGUCCUGCAUCCUGGCCGCACUCGGGCUCUGCCUGGGGUCGCUCGGGCUCAAGUGCACGCACUGGGGUGGGGGCAGGAGAGCAAAACGUCACGCUGCACUGGCGGCCGGAGUCUGCUUCGUAGCCUCUGGGUUCUUGUGCCUGGUGCCUGCGUCCUGGUACACCAACGAGGUCAUCGUCAGCUUUCUGGACGCCAGUGUACACGAGAGCAACAAGUUUGAACCGGGUGGCGCCGUCUACGUCGCGUUCGUCUCAUCCGGUUUUCUUCUCACUGGUGGCUUCAUCUUCUGCCUGUCUUGCUCGGGCAAGCGUCACGGCCCUCAGGAUCUCGUCCUGCUGCCACCGGAUAAACUCCUACUUCAGCAGCAACAGCAUCUCCUCCAGCAGCGGCACUUAGACCAGCUCCAGCACCAGUACUGCACUCUGUCGCCUCUGGAUAAUAAGACAGGAUACAGCCUGCAGGACUACGUGUAAACAAAACACGCUCGCGACACUCGUCCCCUCCUUUACAAGCACAAAACAGUGGAGGAAGCUUUAGAACAGACGAGUCGUGUGGAACCGAUCAAAGAUGGAGCGAGCGGAGGACGAACGAGACGCAGAGCUCCUGCAUACGACUUUUUAGCUGGAAAUAAAUCCCCACACGCUACUAGGGAUGCAUCGAUACCAUAAUACUCAAUAAUGACUCAAACACGGCGUCCAGGAACACGCCCUUAGGCGCCGUUUAUGCUUCCCCGCUAUAAUCCAUGGCCAUAAAUAAACGAGUUUACACACUUACACCGUUCGACUUGUUCUUCGGAACGUUAGCUAGUCGACUGUAAGUGAAGUGAAUUAGCUAGCUACUGUAGUCCGCGUGUUCGUCUGCGAUGAAGUUAGUAAACGUUCGUCUUCACCGAUGCUGGCUGAUCUUAUGUAAGAACAAUAUGCUGUUAUUUAAAGAAGUGUUGUUUUCACGUCCCUGACUUUAUCUGCAGUUGUUAUUUCUCACGUAGCCGGUGUUUGUUGCUAGCGAUGAACUUUAUGUUUAAGAUGUUUUACUCGUGUCGUACGAAGAUGCUGUAGUCUGCGGUACGGCGUCUGCGCUGGUUAACUGUGAAACGCAGCCACGUCGCCGCCAAAUGCGCUAGAAUUAGCACUAGUAAAUAAACACGGUAUGGGAUCAAUACCGGUGUCGGUAUCGAUGCAUCCCUAGAUUUAACCCCUUCCCCAAAGAUUAGAAAUGAAAAGCAAUCAGUUAGCUGCUAAUGAUUUUUUCGUAACCUCGGAGUCGGCAAUACGUCCCCUAAAGGCAAUAGUGCGAGAAAGACAGACUUUUUUUUUUCCUAAUUUUUUUCUACUCUUCGGCCGUGUCCGUCUGAGUAAUAGUACAACUAAUAAAAUCUCUUGUCUUAUUUUGUUA